AUGUCUUCCGGUGCUCGGGAGAGAGAUAAGGUGUUUGUGGAGCACUGUAAGGGCGCAAAUGGCCUUGACAAGGUCGUUCUCAGAGAGGUUCGAGGCUCUUCCGCUGAGGUGUAUUUGUAUGGCGGUCAAGUUACAUCAUGGAAAAAUGAAUAUGGGGAAGAGUUGCUUUUUGUUAGUAGCAAGGCUACUUUUAAGUCCCCUAAGGCUAUCCGUGGAGGAAUUCCAAUCUGCUUUCCGCAAUUUGGAAGUCUUGGUUCUCUUGAACAACAUGGAUUUGCAAGGAAUAGGUUUUGGAGUAUUGAUCAUGAUCCCCCUCCAUUUCCAACAAAUAGCGGCAACAAGGCUUUUAUUGAUUUAAUCCUUAAACCCUCUGAAGAGGAUUCAAAGAUCUGGUCACACAGAUAUGAAUUUCGCCUUAGGGUUACUCUGGGACCAGGAGGGGAUUUGAUGUUGACUUCCCGCAUCCGAAAUACAAACACUGAUGGAAAGUCAUUUACGUUCACAUUUGCUUAUCACACCUAUCUUUUCGUAACUGAUAUCAGUGAAGUGCGAGUGGAAGGACUAGAGACACUGGAUUAUCUGGACAACUUGAAGGGUAGAGAACGAUUUACUGAGCAAGGGGAUGCGAUAACAUUCGAGUCAGAAGUGGACAAAAUUUAUCUGAGUACGCCUACAAAAAUUGCUAUUCUGGACCAUGAGAGGAAGAGAACAUUUGUGUUACGGAAGGACGGACUUCCAGAUGCUGUGGUCUGGAAUCCGUGGGAUAAGAAAGCAAAGGCAAUUUCUGAUUUUGGGGAUGAUGAGUACAAGCAUAUGCUCUGUGUUGAGGCUGCUUGUGUGGAGAAGCCUAUUACUUUGAAACCUGGUGAAGAAUGGAGGGGAAGGCAGGAACUGUCUGCUGUCCCUUCCAGUUACUGCAGCGGACAGCUUGACCCACGUAAGGUACUGCAAGGCGGUUAA